UUGCAUCAUGGGAUAGAAAUGGCCAUAUGCUUGUCUUGCGACGGAGUAGUCUGCGUAGGUCAAGCUAACUUUGAGUAAAAAAAAUUAUUCACUUGCUGAGCUUUGUAGCUAGCGAUAAUCAUUCGUAGCGCGAGGGGGAAGACGCAGGAUACUUUUAAUACGUAACUGGCAGUUGGUAAAGAGACGAGGCAUGUUGAGAAGAUGGACAAGAAGCAGCCGCAGCACCCUCCAGCUGUCGACGACCUGCAGACCGCGUUCAAGAAGUUGAGGGUCAAUUUGAGCAGUGAAGGCAGACGAGCGACACCUGGUCUUCAGAAGCACCACCACCAUCACCACCACUACCACAACCACCUUUCGGCUCCCGUCCGCAAGUUCAGGUCGCGGUCUGCGUCGACGAGCAUCUCCGAGGGCAGCACGGAGCAGAAGUUGGCGACCGUCUCCGAACAGUUGGAGCAGACCAGGCUAGAACCUUCUUUGCCUGUGCCUGCCUGCCCUCCCACUGUCGGCUCUGCGAUCAAGACACCAACCGGGCCGGAUCUGACGUGCUCACAGCAGGCAAGGAUGGACGACACGACCGUCGACGAGCUUGCGGGAUACUUCGACAACCUUGUCUACAUCCCGCGAAAGAUGUCAGUAAUGGCCGAAAUGAUGUACACGUAGCACUGUUCGCCACACAAUGACCCGCAGCCAGGGAACGAAACGGAGUUGACCUCCGUUCCUUUAACUUGCCCGUGUGAAGUUGUGCCGAGGCAAUAAACCGUAGGCGUACGAUGGCUGCAGACGUAGCAAGCCAUCGUCGUCGUCCCCCUUCCCGUACCCUAUAUUUCGUGAUUUCGUGAUACAGGUUUUUUAUGCGCUUGCUUCUGCUGGCCUAGAGCAAAACGUUUGUCCCUACUCUUUUGUGAUAAGUGGACCCUGCUUCCCUCGCGUGCAGUUAGGCGAAGGCAAGUGCAUGCUUGUCUUUGCUGCAGGUUUAGUCUUUGUAAGCUGAGGAGAGCAGUGGUUCAAGGUGUGUGCUUAUUGAGCGUUUUUUUUUUUUUUUUUUUUUUUUUUUUUUUGCAGUUGCCAAACUGCACAAGACUUUGUUUACAAAGAUCAAGUUCAUAAUCUGUAUUGGAUACAACAUGCUGCAAUAAUGAAACGGGUGCCCGAGUGAUAAGGAGGAUUUCUGCUGGGGGAGAAGUGUUCAGCUGUCAAACCCCAAAUGUAGAUCCAUUCCUUGGCAUGGCACAGAGUUGUGCCCCGUUUGUUCAUGGCAGUCUUUAGUCUAGCAGUGAAGUUGUGGAGCCAGGUGAACACAUUUUAGAAAUAAUUUAGCCGAGUGAAUGUCUGCAGCCGUGUGUGAAGUGUCUGUGUGAAAACUGCAGUAGGGGCCCAUUGGCCGAGCCGCAAAGGGGUGUGCUGGGUGGGUGAAUCCCAUGCGCCAAAGAGAUCCCCCCGAACCUUUCCUAGCUUUACUACAAUUUUUUUAAUGCCUCGUGGUGGCACCUUUGGUGUGUGGCUCGCUCUGGUGAGUGUUAUGUGGAGAUUGUCAUACGAACGAAUAAAAUGUUUUCAAAUUCUUU